AGGAACAACUACAGAUGUUUAGAUAAUUAUCGAGGAAACGUAUCCGGUCGACUCGAACAUCACUUUAGUAAACAAAAUGUUUAUAUGAGAUUUAGCACGUAGUCCAAGUCAUAAAUAAUAAUAACAAUGUCAAUAUGUCAUCUUCAUAACAUACGUGUUUUUGUGAUAGUCUUUAAACGAUCUACUCUACAACUUCCUACAGGUUACAGUUAUGGCUGGGUGGAACGAAAGUCAGUUAAGGAAGUAUAACAUAAAAGUGGAAAAAAUACCUACCCUACAGUACGAUGAUCCAAAAGUAGACUCACUUCUCAGCAACAAUAAACCAGUACUAAUCAAAGGAUCCAAAUUAGUUUCUCAAGUGCUAAAAUGGGAUUUGGAUUAUUUAACGGAGCACAUGAAUUCAAUAUGCUGUAAUGUAUUGGAAUCAAAAAAUCAUGAAUUCAAGUAUUAUGACCAAAAGAAAAUCACGCCUAAUAUGACAUUUAAACCAAUCAGUCGACCAAGCCCUAUGAUAUUUUCUGAAUUUGCCGCAAAAAUAAAAGAUUGGAAAAAAGGAGACUCCAGAUUAUACAUGCAACAAGUAUUGAACAACUCGAUUAGCCAACAUAUUGUUAGUGACUUUGUUAUGUUCAAUUGGGAUUGGAUCAUUUCAAAACAAAAAGCGUGUAAAUGGGGUUCUCUGACAUCUAAUCUUCUUUUAAUUGCACAAGAAGGUAAUGUUACUCCGUGUCAUUACGAUGAGCAACAAAAUAUGUUUGCUAGCAUUCGAGGGUAUAAAAGAUUCAUUUUGUUUCCACCUAGUGAAUUUGAGUGUUUAUACCCACAUCCAGUUCAUCAUCCUUAUGAUAGACAGAGUCAAGUAGACUUUGAUAAUCCAGAUUACAUAAAAUUUCCAAAAUUCAAAGAAGCUUGUGGAUAUGAAGUUAUAGUUGGACCUGAAGAUGUCUUAUAUAUACCCAUGUAUUGGUUUCAUCAUGUUGAAUCAUUGAUGCAUGGUGGCUGUACAGUUUCAGUAAACUUUUGGUUCAAAGCGGGAUCCGUUGAAAAAAUUGAGUAUCCUUUGCUAGACCACCAGAAAAUGGUUAUCAUGAGAAAUGUGGAAAAAAUGCUAGCAGAAGCAUUACAUGAUCCAAAUGAGGUUGGUAAAAUGCUGAAUACGAUUGUUCUAGGUCGAUAUACGUCUGACACCAACUAAUAGUUCCCAUUAAAAUAUGUUGAUUAAUUAAAAAAAAAAGAUCUGAUUGAAUAAUAUUUAUUCAAACAAUAAGGCUAUACUUAGUUUAUACAGUACAAGGUGAAUUGCAAUAUUUUUCUACUAAUGUUAAUAUUAGUUUUUUAUUUUUAAUAGGAUUUUUAGUAAUUCUAUACCUGGUUUAAGUUGUUAAGCUUUAACCAUCACCAAUAGAUAGCACUUAUACGUAUUAUUUUUGUAUAAUAUAAACCUAAGUUGCAUAUACUGGAUUUAUCUAUGAACUAUUAUUAUAAUACGAGGCAUACUUACUGCAAUAUGACGUGCAUAUAUGCAAGUGACUACUAUGCAAUGUAGUGUACCAACACAUGAUUCAGAUUUUGCCCUAACAGUUUCCAUAGCCUAUGCAAUUCUUUUAAAUUUUUUUUCUAUUACAAACGAAAUUAACAAAUUUUGGUGGCACUUCUCAUUGUUUCAUGUGUUUGCGAUGAAUGGUUUGUGCUAUAGUUCGAUCCAGUGUAUAUGAUCAAUCUACUUCAAAUACUUGUUAAUCAUAAGACAUAUUAUAUACUAGUCAUCCAUGCUCUACUAUAAUCACAAUUAUCUUUUUUUAUUAUUGUUAUUUUAUUGUAUUUAUACUAUAGUAGAGUAUGGACAAUUCAAAUUCACAUUAUCCAAGUGUAAACCACACUAUGGAAAACAUAACG